UUGAAAUGCACGCCUUUAUAGCGGCCCCUCUCUCCUCCAUCUCCGCCGCUUCUUCUUCCUCUAAUUCGCUUUCAUGGAAGGAAAGACGCUUUUUUGAUGUUUUUGUUAUCUUUUUAAGAACUCAAACGAUCAAACCUCAUUACCUGCGAUGCCCACAUAACCCUAGAAUCCACCACCACCGCCGCCGCAAAAACCCAGCAGAGCCUUUUUUUUUUUUUCCCCGGGAAAGAUGAUGGGUCCUCGCCUUUUUACCUUUUUUCUUCCUCUUCUCGUCCUCUGUCUUCCCGUCCACUGCGACGACGCACAAUUGCUGAACCUCCUCAAGCAGAACAUCAAGAACUCCGGCUCUCUCCCGUGGUCCGGGACCGUCCCCUGUGAAUGGAGGUACAUUACGUGCGACAAAUCGAAUCGGGUCCAGAAGAUUCAACUCAAGGGUCUGAAUCUCCAGGGCACACUCCCCGCGCAGCUACGUGACCUUUCGUCCUUGAUGGACCUGGAGGUCCAGGAUAACCAGUUCACCGGCCCGUUCCCAAGCUUCGCAGGCCAUGGCUCGCUUCUGACAAUCAUAGCCCACAACAACAGCUUCGAGUCCUUCCCCGCCAAUUUCUUCACCGGCAUGACGUCCUUGCAGUCCAUAAACAUCGACUACAACCCCUUCUCGGCGUGGACGGUCCCUGCCAACGUCACGGACGCGACGUCGCUCACGGGUUUCUCGGCCAACAACGCCAACCUCGUCGGUAAAGUCCCUGAUUUUUUUGGAACUAUGGUAGGUUUGCAAGUGUUGCAUUUGGCUAUGAAUAACCUCGAAGGCGAAUUGCCGUCGAGCUUUUCGGGUUCGGGAAUUCGGAGCCUUUGGUUAAAUGGGCAAAAAGGUAAUGAUAAGCUUAAUGGUACAAUUGCUGUUUUGGCUAAUAUGACCUCCUUGACUGAGGUUUGGUUGCACGGGAACCAGUUUACCGGUCCGAUACCGGACCUUUCGAAGGCAACACUGUUGCAGAAUGUUAGUCUUAGGGAUAACCAACUAACGGGGAUUGUUCCGGCGUCGUUGGUGAAUCUUCCGAAACUUAACGUUGUGAAAUUGUCGAAUAAUUUGCUUCAAGGGCCUGAACCCAAGUUUGGUAAUAACGUGGAUUUAGAUAUAGCAGGGCUUAACAGUUUUUGCACUGGUGUACCUGGUAGUCCUUGUGAUUCGCGUGUUACUGCUUUGCUAUCGGCUUUGGAAGACUUCGGUUACCCAAAAACCUUUGCGCAGAAUUGGAAAGGAAACGAUCCUUGUGCUGGUUGGAGGGGGAUUGUUUGUGCCAAUGAUGAUAUUUUGAUUGUCAAUUUCCAGAAGAUGGGUCUGUCGGGUACGAUUUCGCCCAACUUUUCUGUGCUUAAAACGGUGGAAAAAUUGCUUUUGUCUGAUAAUUAUCUGAAUGGUACUAUCCCGGCUGAGCUUACAGAAUUGCCGAAUCUUAAGCUGCUCGAUGUUUCGAACAAUCAAUUGCAUGGUAAUGUACCAUCUUUUAGAAAUGGGGUGACGGUGAUUACGGAUGGGAACCCUGAUAUCGGAAAGGAAGGUAAUGGCCCUUCACCGCCUGGCUCACCUUCUGAUCCACCUGCUGGUGGUGGUGGUGGUGGAAGCGGCAAUAAAAAAUCCAAAGCUGGAGUGAUUGUGGGGGCUGUAGUUGGCAGUGUUGGUGGAUUGGUUUUACUUGGGGCUGCGCUUUUCUGUCUGGUAAGUAAAAAACACAAGCGUUCUGGAAAAGUACAAAGUCCACAUGCCGUUGUAAUACAUCCUCGACAUUCUGGGGACCAGGAUGCCGUGAAGCUCACAGUUGCAGGAGGUAGUGACGGUGCAAAUGAAGCUUUCAGUCCCAGAAGUGAUGGACAUGGUGACAUUCACGUUGUGGAGGCUGGGAACAUGGUCAUUUCCAUUCAGGUUUUGAGGAAUGUGACCAAUAAUUUCAGCGAGGAGAAUAUAUUGGGAAGAGGGGGUUUUGGAACUGUUUACAAAGGGGAAUUGCACGAUGGGACGAAGAUUGCAGUGAAGAGAAUGGAAUCGGGGCCAGUGGGUGAAAAGGGCCUAACAGAGUUCAUGUCUGAGAUUGCGGUUCUUACAAAGGUUCGACACCGGCAUUUAGUUGCACUUCUUGGGUAUUGCGUGGAUGGAAAUGAGAGGCUUCUUGUUUAUGAAUACAUGCCCCAGGGGACCCUUAGUAGGCAUCUAUUUAACGCGAGGGAGGAAAGCUUGAAACCUUUGCAAUGGACAAGAAGGCUGACCAUCGCCUUGGAUGUUGCCAGGGGGGUUGAAUAUCUACAUAGUUUAGCACAUCAAAGCUUCAUCCAUAGGGAUCUUAAACCGUCCAACAUUCUUCUUGGAGAUGAUAUGCGGGCUAAAGUGUCAGACUUUGGAUUGGUUCGGCUUGCUCCGGAAGGAAAAUUCUCAGUUGAAACUAAACUAGCUGGAACUUUUGGGUAUCUCGCACCAGAAUAUGCAGUGACUGGACGGGUGACUACCAAGGUUGAUGUGUAUAGCUUUGGAGUGAUUUUAAUGGAGCUGAUCACAGGUAGAAAAGCACUUGAUGAUUCUCAGCCUGAAGACAGUUUGCACCUUGUUACGUGGUUCCGUAGAAUGCAGCUUAACAAGGAUACAUUUCAGAAGGUCAUCGACCCAACGAUUGAUCUUGACGAAGAAACCCUUGCCAGUAUUACUACUGUUGCACAGUUGGCUGGCCACUGCACUGCAAGGGAGCCCUACCAGAGGCCUGACAUGGGUCAUGCUGUGAAUGUGCUUUCAUCUCUUGUUGAGCUCUGGAAACCAACAGAACCAGAUGCUGAGGACAUGUAUGGUAUUGAUCUUGAUCUGCCCUUGCCGCAAGCACUCAAGAAGUGGCAGGCUUUUGAGGGAAUUAGCAAUUUGGAUGAAUCUUCUUCCUCAUUCCUUGCUAGUGCAGACAAUACCCAAACCAGCAUCCCAACUCGCCCAUCUGGGUUUGCAGAAUCAUUUACAUCGGCCGAUGGACGUUGAAGCUUUUGGGAAUUAAGUUGGAUUAUUCUUGAUGGCUCCCAGUGGUUUAACUUGUUUAUUCCUUUUGCCCUUUUCUCCUUAUCUCUUCUUUUUGUGAGCUUUUUCCUCUUAUCCCUCAUUCCUAGUUGGAGAUGCUUUUUCUUCCCACCCACUCUGGCGUUUGAACAGUUUUUCAUUGUUCUGUAUUUCCGAAGCUCUGGAUGUGCAAAUUAGACAAGAUACACUUGAGAAAGAGGUGAUCUUUGACUGAUGUUCAUCCCUUUCGGGCUUGACUUGGAUUACCGCCCAUCCCCAUCGUGUUUUUUUAGCAUUACAAGCAUAAAGAAAGGAUUAAGUUAAUUACUCGUCAUGUGUACACAUCGCUGAUAGAUUUCGAUGACUUGAACCAAUUUCAUAUCGGCCUAAACAAAA